AUUGUUGAUAAAAAAUGGCAGACUGGGAAGAAGUACGUCGGCUAGCAGCUGAUUUCCAGAAAGUUCAAUUAGCUUCUGCUUGGCAAAAGUAAAAAGCUUCUAAAUUAAUUUGUAAUCAGUAAAUUAAAAAUGUAAAUAAAAUGAGGGCUUAUGUUAUAUGGGCCAGUCGAUAGCUAAGUCGAACAUACGUUAUGUAUGGGCAUGGGGUACCCGCAACGCAACCAGCCGGUACUCACACCACAUUCAUUGUCACACUUGAUGCCUACCACAAUUUUUAGCAAUAUGAAUAUGAUUACCGCUAAAAAAAGCAAGUUUUCUUAGCUACAUGUGCACCAAAAAUAAUUAUUGUGAUCAACAACAAUUUAUUUAAAUUAACGAAGUGGAUGCGUACACAGUUACACAGCAGCGGUGUACCUAGCGAAACCAUCGGCUUUGGCCUGCGUAAACCGCGGCGGUGUACUUAGCGAAAUCGUGGGCUUUGGCCUGGGUACACCGCGGCAAAAAUAUAUCAUAGGCAUGGUUUUAAGAUAUGCUUUUUAGAGGAGAUCUUGUGUGGUCAAGUGGUAGAGUGGACACUUGUCGAUAAUAUAUUUUGAGAUCAAUUCCCAGUAGGGGAUCGAGUUUUUUUUCCUCCCAUUUUAGUUUUAAAAUAUUUUGUAGCAAUUUUAACAAUUUAAAUGUAUGUUUAAAUAUUAUAUUGAAUACACUUUAUAUAUAUAAAUAUAAGUGUUUCAACAAGUUGUGCCGGCCUUAGACUUUGAAAAUACCGGUAAAUUUAGUAAUAAGACAUUAGACUAAAUACUCAUUAGACAUUAGAAAACAAACUUAAAGUUUCUGAAAGCGCAUGUAUAGUGUAUGUAACAUGUAUAAGAGAAACAUUAUGAAUACUAAGUGUCUAAGUGAUAUUCUAUUGUAUUUCAAUAUUCUUCGUGUAGUUGAAUAUUUACAUUUUACUUUUACAAACACUCAAAGAAAAUACCAGUAUAUCAUUAAUAUCAUAUGAAUAUUAAUGUCAUUAAUGUGCAUGGUCGUAUUUCAAUCUUGAACCAUCUUGCUUUCACUAUGCCUUAUGCAUUAGCAAAAUGUACACACGAUUUCAAAGGUUCAUUCACAACACUCAGUCUCACAGCAAAUCUUUUGAAAACGCCUCGAUUUUAGAAACUUGCGGAGCGGUAGCAAACUGUAUAGCAAAGCCAUAGGUCUGUAUUUCACGACGGAAUUAGUUUCCAGAAUGUCAUGGCAUGUGCUAUUCUCAGGGUAAAACACGACGUUUUCUCACAGAAACCAUUGCACAAUGGGCUUGGGACAGGAUUUGCACUAUGUCAAAGUUUUUGUAUUUGGUUUUUUUUUUGUUUGUUAAGAAAUCGAUCCUUGCCGAGGGUGGGGGGUGGAGAUGAGUUAUGGGCACAGGCUUAACCAAAAAGGGGGCAUUCACAAAUCACGGCUCUGUAUAGGGGUUGUCCACAAAGGACGUCCGCACAACAAACUUACCUUUUGCAUCCCCCCCCCGGCCGGCAUUUUUUACUAUUAAUGUGUAAUGCCAAUGUAACCCAUUCAGUGAUAUUUAAUCAUUGUUAAAAGAUUUUAAAAAAUCAUUGCAGUGUUUCGUAUUUAUCAACUCUUGUUUUGUGUUCACAAUUGCUUGAUAUCACAAUGACAAUGCCUCAGACAACUUUAACUUCAUGACUUCAUGAUCAAUGUAUGAGUACCCUAUGUGAUUCUCUUCCCGUAGUGUAUUUGUGGCGUAAUUAUAUCUUGGUGCUAACUAAAUAGAUUCACUGGCUUCCCAUUAAUCUUUACACCAUGCCCGGAGGGAUCACGUACAAUGUUAUAUUUAUAAUGCCCCCCCCCCCCCCCAAAAAAAAAAAAAAAAAAAAAGGGUGGGGGGAGAGAAUAAUUUCAAAUUAGCUACCCUUUAUGCCUAUUAAGAUUCACAAUCAUAUGAUAAAACUUACAACAAUUAAUAAAUAUAUUUGAAUAAGGAGGUUAACUUAAAAAAUAAAUCAUGGUUUAACAUUACACCCCCAGCCCCCUCCCUUCCAAAAAAUAAUAAGAAAUACUUUACAAGUACUUUGCCACAUAAGCGUGGAACUUACUCAAUAUCUUUCCAAGGUAAUAAAAGAAUUUUAAAUAAAUAGUUUUCAGUUUUAACACGAGUAUAACAUUAAAUCUACAAGUAUCGGUUAGGCCAAAAAGUUAAAGACUCGCAAAGACCAUAGUUUUGCUACUUUAAAUCGCUGAGGUGUACGCAGGCCACAGACCAUGAUUUAGCUAGGUACACCGCUGCGGUGUACGCAGGCCAAAGUCAAUAGUUUCUCUAGGUACACCGCCGCGGAGUACGUAGUGCCGGCCUUAAAUUAAAUAUAUAAAAUAAAUACUAAAAUGAGGCACUUUUAAUAAAAAUUAUGUAGGCACUUUGGUAUCAUUGGAAACACAAAGGAAAUGAGUAUUGUAAUUUCAUUGUCUAGAUGGCGACUUCCACUUCUUAAUUAACUAGGGUAUCGGGUAAAAGUGGAGUUCAGGUUCGUAUAUUAUGUCUUAACGCAUUUCGUAUUUUAUCAUGUAAACUUACGUGUAUUCUUUAUUAAUUAAAUACAGGCAGUUAUAGUAAACUAAUAAUGAAUUUUAAAUCACCUUUUUUCUUUUUAUUUGACUUCUAAAGAGUCUUUAAACAUCCCCCAACCAAAGUUACAUAGCCCCAUUUGUUUUGUAUUUUUUUUUUCGGCCUAUGGCCAGAUUUUUAACCACCUAUAAGUUAGUAUGCGAAACAAAAUUUUCAAACUGUAGGCAUGUUCACAAAAAAGAAUGAAAUUUAGAUUUUUCAUUACGCACGAGCGCCCUCCUUCCCCACCCCCUUUUUUUUCUUAUUUUUUUCCUCUCAGAGCGCUCGGAAUAUACGGGUAGUCCCUUGAAGUCUUGGGAGGGGGGGGGGGAGGGGGGAAAAAAAUUAGAAGUGGAUCACCGACUAAGGCAGCGGGGACACAUGUCAUCAUUGUCCUGGAGUGAAGCUGAAAAAAAAAAGAGGGGGGGGGGCUGUUCCAUGAAUAUGUACCAAUGUGUGAUCACGUGUCCACUUUUAAAGAAAAAAAAAUAUUUUUGACGUUGCAGGAAUGGGGGAACUCGGAUCAUUUAUUGAAAGUCAUUUCAUACUGAUGCCUGCAAAUACGUUGUCUGUGAUUGGUCAGCUUUAAUUUGAGCACCCCUCCCCUUUUUUCUUAUGCAAAUGCACUUAUAAAUGGUGACUGAUUUGCGCUGAGUAAAAUGAGGAAGAGGGCUAGUGAUUAUAUAGAAUAAGACGGACUCGUUUUGCGGUAUUGCUGGUAGUGGGAUCAUUUUGUUCAAAAUGGAAAAUGAAAUUGUUGAUCCAACGGAAAUUUUAAAUGGUGGAGCAUUUGGUUUAUACGCGAACUUUGUGAGGCAGCAAAUAAUGUUAAUACAACUAUAGAAUUUCUCGUAAGGUGCUCGUAACCAUUGCUAUGUGGCUUGUAAACUGGCUAAUUAUGUCAAGUAUGAGAGUUCCCUAUAACUACCGGGAUCUGGAUCUCACCGGAAACGGGAUCCCACCAGGAUCAGGAUCCACUGGGAUCAGGAUCUCACUGGGAUCAAGAUCCUAUCUGGAUCGGAAUCUCACCGGAAACGGGAUCCCACUGGGAUCAGGAUCUCACUGGGAUCAAGAUCCUAUCUGGAUCGGAAUCUCACCGGAAACGGGAUCCCACCAGGAUCAGGAUCUCACUGGGAUCAGGAUCUCACUGGGAUCAAGAUCCUAUCUGGAUCGGAAUCUCACCGGAAACGGGAUCCCGACGGGAUCAAGAUCUCACCUGGCUCGAGAUCCUACCAGGAUUGGGAUCUCAUUUGGAUUGGGAUACCACCGGAAACAGGAUCGUAUCGGGAUCGGGAUCCACCAUGACCGAGAUUCUACUGGGAUCGGGAUACCGCCAUGACCAGAAUUUUACCUGAAUCGGGAUCCCAUCAUGAUCCUUCCGGACAACGGGGUGCCAUCGGAAAACGGGAAAAAUGAAAGGUUAACAUAAGUUAUUUUAAGUGUUUUUAUAGGAGACAAAUUGAUUAUUAUUAUUUUUUUAAUAUAGUGGUGUUGUUUUGUUGUUAAAAUUUCGCUUAAUAGCAAUGUGAAUUAAAAGGAAGUAGAAGAUGUUUUUUUCUGAAUCCAAACCAGGGCAAUUCCGGUUAUAUUAACCAAGAUUCAAACAAGUGGGCAACUUUUAUAACGUAUCUUUAAAGACAGAAGAGUUAUCCUUGAUUUACCACAAUGGCUCCGUAAAAGACAAAAGAUUCAUGAAAAUGUCCUUUUUAUCUCGUAAAAUUUGUUAAAUUGUUGUUGUAUUCCAAUAAAAAGAUGUUAUUUUACUUUUAAAAUACUUUUUAUAAAGAAUUAACAUAAGUUUACAUGCGAAAAUACGAAAUUCAAACAGAAAUAAUAUAUGCACCUGAACUCCACUUUUACCUGAUAUCGUUGGUUUGCCUUUUAUAGUCAAUUUUAGCAUAAUAAUAAAUUCUACAUCUAGCGACAUCCGCCAAUUACUUAAAGUAGGUACUUUAAAACUAGUCGACACACCGAUCUGCGCAUGUCUGAAAAUUUUUAAAGAACUUGUUCUACAAUGUGGCGUACAGCUACACGGUAUCUUUGGAAAAUUGCAUACUACGUCAUCUUUUUUUAAUAAUUAAUUGCUUUCCUCAUCAGUGACGUAGCAGUUUUUGUGUUUUCCGGUGAUAUAUUGAUUUAUGCUACCAGAUUUUUUGUGUAUCACGGACAGUAUUAUUAUAAUGACUCGGUUAGUAUAUAAAUCGCAUAAAUAUUUUUUUACUAGUAAAUAAGGUCUUGUGCCUGCCACCCAAUCUACAUUCAUUUUAAGAGUUUUUUUCAUUUUUUGAGUUAUUAUCAUUGACUAUGUCUAUAAUUUAUGCAUCCCACCAUGAAAUUGUCUUUUUUUUUUCUUUUUGAUCGAGAAGCCGGAAAUGGCUGCUAUCACUGUGAUUCGUUAUUGUUAAGGGGGUAGGGGCCUGAAAAUAUCUUAAUUUUUCAAAAAUUAAUUUUUUUUUUAUUUGUUCAUUUUUAUAAAGAUGAACAUUCUUAGAAUCGAUUACACAUCAAUUUAUACUACUUUUUAAAAGAUUUGUUGUGAAAUAACUGAUAUUUAACACCCCGCCCCACUCUAAAAAUUGACCUAAUUUUGGAAAUAAAAUAAAAUUCAUACAUAUCUCAUGUUUGAGACCUCAAAAAACUAGUUUUAAAUAACAUAAUAUGCUAUUAUUGUAUUUCAACGUAAAGGUGAAUUCAAGCAUUUUUUUAAAUAAUUAGAAUCAUAGUCCGUAAAUAUAAUUGCUACAAAUGAUCGGAUCCACAAGCGUAAUGUGUGUAGGAUAUUCCUUGGUUCUAUUAUUUUAAUUAUUUUACCGAUUUUCAUUGGGCCAAACAUACCGAUGACUCGCGCAUGCGCAAACGAGUUGUUUAUGUGUGUUUACCGGAUCGCGGUUCUGUGUACAGAAUUAAAUUUUGCAAACGAAAGCAUCAGCAUAUUUUAAUUUUAAAAUAUACAUUUACUACUUUAUCGAUUCAGCUAACGCCAGAAAUUGGAGGUAAGUAUAAUAAAGAAAGGACCUUAAUUUAGCAAUACGCAAUCGGCGAUAGUUGAAAUUAUUCAGUACUGUCAGUGUGUUGCCAUGAUGUUGGUAUGUGUGGAUUGUUUAGCUUAUGCUGAGAGUUUCAUAAGUUUCUACUUUGAGUCUUUCUUUAUUAUAUUUACCAAUCAAGUGAAUUGUUAAGUUAUAUGAAUCCUAAGCCUAUUUAUUUAUGUUUGGCUAACAAAACAACAUUGAUAAAUAAUAAUAAUAAUAAUAAAGUUCAUUUCAAAAACACGCUUCAUACCCAAAGGCUCGAAGCGCGGUACAAAGUCAACAAAAAACAAAAUAAUCGAGUAGUUCAAAGUAAUAGGCCUAAGGCUAACAUUGUAACAUUCAAUAACUCAAUAACAACGCAAUAUUAUGCCGUUUUAAUAAUAAUAAUAAUAAUAAUAAUAAUUAGUGGUCUUAUAUAGCGCGGUACCCCCAGCCUAGGGCUGGGCUCACCGCACUGUACAUAAAAAUAUUAGCAAAAGAGACAUAAAUAAUCAUGACAUUAAAAUAAAAUACAUUUAUGAAGUAAAGAACAGCGUGAAACCAAAACAAAAAAAACAAAUGUAUAUUCACCCACCCCACCCUAGAACUUUUACAUGGCAAACCAUGGAUGGCAGCCAGCAGGAUCGUUUUUCGGUCAGAGGAGGGGAAUCAGUCAGGGUAGUAUAGUUUAAAGAGAUGUGUUUUGAGUGCAGUUUUGAAGGCCUGGGGGGUUGGUAUAUUGCGGAUGUGUAGUAGCAAAGAAUUCCAUUGUUUGGGGGUGCAGAAAGAGAAAGAUUGUUCACCAUAUGUUUUAGUGUGUGUCUUGGGAAUGGACAGAAUACGCGUGUCUGCGGAGGAGCAAAGCUGUCGAAGCAGUGAAUAGACAGAAAGAAGUUCGGUUAGAUAGGAAGGGCAGGAAUCCAAGAAAAAGUUGUGACAGAGAACAGACAACUUGUAGUCAAUGCAUGCCUGUAUAGGUAGCCAAUGAAGGGAGUGGAGUAGUGGAGUGACGUGAUCACGUUUUGUUGCCUUUAGAAAUAGCCUAGCAGCUGAGUUUUGAACUUUCUGCAGUUUUUCUAUGCAGUGUUUUGGUGAACCUGACAGAAGAGAGUUGCAAUAUUCAAGACGAGAAAGAACAAGAGCCCAGACUAGAGUUUUUGUUGCGCUAACUGUGAGGUAGUGGCGGAUGGAACUGAUCUGACGGAUAGCGGUGUAUGCCGAACGACAAAUGUGAGAGAUAUGUUUAUAGAGAGACAUGUUGUUAGAAAGAAUAUAACCAAGAUUCCUAGCAGAGGGUGGAAACUGUAUGUCGGAGUUACCUACUUGAAAUGAGGUGGGAAGAGUUGAGGUAGAGGAUGAUGUGUGAUUGUGAAUGAGGAGUGCUUCCGUUUUUUCAUCAUUAAGCUUCAACUUGCUGAGUGUCAUCCAUGACUCAACAUCAUCAAUGCACCCCUGCAAAGUCUGGACAGCGGAAUCGACAAGAGAGGGAUGGGUAUGCUUGUAUAGCUGCAUGUCAUCUGCAAAUGACUGGCUCUCAACAGCAUGCCUCCCAAGCAAGAGGAGAAAAUACUAACUAUAAUUAUGGUAGUAGCAUUAGCAGUAUGGGCAAAAUAAUUCGUAUUAGAAUGUUUCAACUCAAAUAGUUUAAUCUUAGCCUUAUUCGUUUAUUUUAUCUUCAUACAUUUAUUAAUAAUAAUAGCCUAAUUAGUUUUAUAAUAUAAUUAUGGCAUGGCCAUCAUUUCUUAUUUGUAAGAUCAAUUCAUUAGUAUUAGACUUAGACUAAUAAUAGUAAUUAUAUUAAAAUAUUUAGUUAAGCAAUCCUAAACAUCUAAAUAAUACUGACUGAUAGGCUUAUUGAGAUCAAUGUCAAUAUAUUAUUUGCUAAAUGAUGUUGAUAUAAUUUUUAAAAUUUCAUUCCAGCCCCCAAUAAGUACCGGUACUACAGAGCCGAGCAAAAGUUAAUUCUUCAGUGACAAGAAUUCAACAGAGAGACUGCUAAACAUUGAUUUCAAUGUGAUCAUAAUUCAAAGCUUUUACCAAUUUUCCUCUGUCUGCAGUGGGAUGGACAAUUUGCAGAAGACAUAACUCACAGCUGAUUACAAAACAAAGUAGUAAAUACUAUGAAUAUAAAAAUGACUAGAUUGUGAGUGGUUAGAUUGUUCAUAUCCACAACUGGAUAACCAAGUCAUUAUCAAUUAUAGACUGUAAGACUUGAAGGACAAUGGCAUGGACUAUGAAAAGUUGCAAUCUAUGAUAUCUGCCAUAAACAAUCCCGCUGCACCGCAAAAUUUAUAACCUGCACCAAGUAUAAAAACUGCGCUAUGCCGAAGACAUGAAACAUUUAUUAGCAAGUAUCUGCCCAAUUAUUACAUUUCUAAUAGACAAAUAACUCAUCACCUCUGGUAUGAAGGACCUCUUUGCUGAAAGAGGUACACAGAAAAGGUACAAAAGUUUCAACAUAGCAUUGCUGCCAUGAAACUAUUUAUGCUUCAAUUUCAGUGAUGUUGACGGCAACAUAACAUUGUCAUCUAAAUAUGGUUAAAAAGGAUCAUGGACAAAUAAGGUUGAUUGGGGACUUUAAAUAACUUGUGUUAUACUAUAUUGCUGAACUAAAAAUUCUUAUACAACACAAAUUAGCUUUAUUCGAGAGGAAAAUAAUUUUUUUUUAAAAAUUGUGAUUUUGACAAGAACACCUGAGUGAAGUUCGAGAAGGUGUAACCCAUGUUCCUGGUGCAUUCAACAGUUAAAUAAUAUACGAAACCAACAUGUCCAUGUUGCUUAACAAAAAAAACUAUGUAAAAGAGCUUCGUUUUCAUAAUAAACUUAAAAUUUUUCACUUUUAACAUUUAAAAUUGAUUUUUCUCAAAAUUGCUUUUUUCCGUUAUUUUUUAACGUAGAAUUCUAAAAUCUCGGCUAAUAUACAAGCUAGAGUAAUGAAAUUUGGUGUGUAUCUUCCUUUAACUAUUUUGUGGGUAAUGAGCUAUUCAAAAGUCAAUUUGAUCAAUUAAUUUUUGGUAAAUUUUAAGCGUUUUCUGUCGAGGCCAAUUUUAAAAAAAAAAAAAAAAUUAUUUGAAAAGUUUGAAGGAAAUUAAACUAGCUCAGUACCUCUAGAUAUAAUUGAAGUUCAUGAAUCAAUCAUUUUUUAAGCAAUAUGUUUGUUUGUUUUUAAAAUUUUAGAACUCUUCGAAUGGGCAAUAUUUUCAAGAUGGCCGCCGUUGCCAUGGCAACUGUAUAAUUAUUUUUCUUUUAAAGCAUGAAAAUAUAUCUCCAUUCAUAGCUCAACAUGACCAUAAUAAAGUAGUUUCUCUAAGUUGGUUAAUUUAAAAAAAAAAUUUUUGGUAGCCUACCCCCAUAAACAUCUAAAUAAUUAUAAGAAGUUUAAAAGCAAUAAUUUUAAGAAAAGAUUAUAACCAAAUUUGAAAAGUUUAUGUAUUAACCAAGGGUUGCUUUUAAGUUUUAUUUAUUACCGGUACGUUAAAAAUUGUGUACGGUACCGGUACACAGUUUAUCGUUCUUCAUUAUUGAUCAAUAUUUAAUAGUUUUACUAUAGUAAUAUCAAUAAUUAUAAUCAUUUUUCUCUUAUUAAUUAUUUCAGAGAAUAUUACUAAAAUAAAGCCUACAUAUCAAUAUCAGUUAUAACUAUAAAAAACUGUCAUAAAUCCCAUAAUAGUCUAUGUAGGCCUAAGCUUAAUAUUUUUUAAAAUACUUUGACACAAAAUUUAAAUAAUGUCCGAUUGCCAUGAAUGAUACCGGUACAUCAUUUUAAAGGACUAUCUAUAAGCUUUACAAUAACACCAAUUUCAUCUUUCUAUCUUUUAUAGAAGUGGAGUUAUGAUUUUUUCAGUGAUUUUUUAAGACCCCCUUCUUUAUCUUAGUAUUUAACUGAAAAAACGUGUAACCCACUUUCCAAAUUUCUGCCUUAUUUUUCCCAAAACUUUUUGAUUUUAAAAGAUAAUGCUACCAAAUUUUCAGGAGACAUUCUCAAUGCAAUAUUUAUUUAUUUAUUUAUUUAUUUAGGCAUUUUUAUAUAGCGCUUAUCAUAAAGCUCUAAGCGCUUUACAAUUAUUAAAACAUGUAAACUAAGUAAAUACAAAUGAGAUACUAGGAUAGUAACUACUAUUUUAUAGAAACAAUGAAAAUGACUAUAAAACGAGGACACUUUGACACUUCAGGAUCAACCCGAAACAGAAAAUGAGGUAGGGCAAGGAGGGUGCAUCACAGGUCAUAGGCGGACCUAAACAGAUGAGUUUUAAGGGACUUUUUGAAAAUAACCCGAAACAGAAAAUGAGGUAGGGCAAGGAGGGUGCAUCACAGGUCAUAGGCGGACCUAAACAGAUGAGUUUUAAGGGACUUUUUGAAAAUGGACGAGGUUUCACUAUGACGUAUAUGGAAGGGGAACUGGUUCCAGAACGUGGGCCCAUGGAAGCAGAAGGAGCGUUCACCGAUGGUCUUAGUUUUAGUUCUUGGGAUUGAGAGGGUUCUACUGUCAAUGGAAGAACGUAGUUGUCUUGUGGGGAUGUAAGGAAGCAACAGUUCAGAGAGAUAGACAGGAAAGUGAGGGUCAGUGAACGAGUUGAAGCAAAGAUUGGCAGACUUGUAUUUACAACGCAAUAAACAACAAAAUUUUUAUAAAACUUCAGACUUUUAUUUUUUUAUAUAUUUCUUUGAGGGUAUGUUCAGAAAAAAGUGAACAGAAAAAUUGGGAAAAUCAUAAUUAUUUAUACAGGAAAAAACGAAAAAAAUAACAUGUUUAUUGAAUUUUAACUAAUUUUAUUAUGCUUGUGUUGAAUUUUAAAUCAUUUAUUAUAUUUAUAAAAAGGUAAUUAAGUCUUUUUUAUAUAUAAAAUUGAACGCAAAUAAUUAUAAAUUAAAAUUACUCAAAUAAAAUCAUCCAUGAUGAUGAGACUAAUUCAUUAAAAAAUGUUAUUUGAUAUAUUAAAUAAUUGUCUAUGUACUGCUUUGUCCUUAAAAAAAUAUAAUUACUACGAUGAUGUUGUUUGAGUCUUGUUUAUUAAUUUGAUGUAUUUUAAUAAAACUUUUAGAUAUAGGCUUAACUAAAAAAUAUAUUAUCUAGACUGUUAAUUCAAUAAACUUACAAUUAUCUUAUUCUAAUAAUAUACUAUAGCCUAUAAAGACACACAGUAAAAUGGCCACAGCAAUUUUUGCGUCAUUUUUUCGAUAUGCGCAGAAGAUGUGCACGACUGAUUUUCAUGGUACUUAUUAUACCUGAGGCAAUUUCGAUCUCAAAAUAAUGUUUUCAAAAUUAAUUAAAUAAAGAUUUUUCAAAAAUAUAAAUUUUAUAUUUUUAUUUAAAAAAAAAAAUCAUGAUGUCACAAAUUUUUGACCCCCCUUCCACCUUGUCACACAGUGCCUCGACUCCCCCGCCCCCGAGCGUGACGUAAUUUGCGAACGACCCCUUAUUAUUUGUAAUAUAUUCCACAAGAGGGUUAUUAUAUAAGAGAGCUACUUAAGAUAUUAUUAAAGAACAAUCAUAAAAACUUGUACUUACCUCUAGCAAAUGACCAGAAAUUAAAAUCUAUCAACCACCAAAGUUGACUCUAACAAUACAUGUUGAUUUGUAAAACAAGAUUACUAACUUCAAAUAAAUGACAUACUAAUUCUUUGGUCAUAUUAAAAAAUACAUAAAGGGGCCUUUAGAAAAUGGUAAAAUAAAAAGUAUAAUCUUCAAUUUUAACUAAAUGAAUAAAAUAAUCACUGUAUUAUUUGUUUAUAUUUUAAAUGUUAAACAAUUCCACAGAAAAUUUGAAAUUAAUAUCUAAAGAAUAUUAUUAUUAUUAUUUAUUUAUGGAAAUUAAAAAAUGAAUAUAUUAAAAGAAAAUUAAUUAAUUAAAAAGAAUUAAGUCAGCAUACUUUAUACAUUUUUUAAUAAGGAAAAUUACCGUGGUAUCUCGGUAUACGUCCUUAAUCCGUUCCAGACUUAUACCAAACAGGACAUAUACCAAACAUAUUUUUCCCAUAAGAAAUAAACGGAAAAUGAUUAAUCUGUUCCCAUUAUUUGCAUAUUUCAUUUAUUGAUGUGGUUGUAUAAAAAAAAUUUAAACACUGCUUAAUACUAAAAUACAUAAAUAAAAAGAACUUAUGUGAAAUAGAUGAAAAUUUAACCUCACUUUAUCGAGGUGAGAAGAGUCAAGUGCUUACUAAUAUGGUGCUGAGAAGGAGGAGAUGUUAUUGUUUUGAAGGAGAGUCAGCAUCUAAUUAAACUUCAGGAGUAUGACAUUCUGUUGUUUUUUCUUUCUUCUGUUUCUUUUCCCUAAUUGACCCUUGUUGACUCUCAGCAGGUUUUUCUUUUACUAAAAAUCUGUCUAAAGAGCUUUGCUUUUGCCUUCUCCUCAGGAUUUUUCGAAAAUGGGUCAUCGUCUGGUCAUUCCAGACAGUGAUAUUACAACUUGUUUAAGCUUUGUUGGGGUGGUACUUCUGUGCAAAGUUUUUGAAAUCCAUCUAUUUAGCAAAGAUUUCCUUGAUUAAUGAAGUAGGAGCUUCCUCUAUCUCCUCCUCAUCAGAGCCUGAAGAGAGUGCAUCCAUCCUAGUCUUGUGUUCAUCCUUCUCAAGUUCCUGCAGUCCUCAGUGGUCAGCUCUUCCCUGUGCCCCUCUACUAACUCCUCCACAUCAAAUUCAUUCACAUCAAGUCCCAUGUACCUGCCUAGAGAGACAAUAUCCACCACUGUAUUCACAGCCUCGAAGUCCCUUUCAGUCACUGCUUCUGGCCACAAAUUCAUCCAAGCAGAUUGUAUUGUUCUGUUGGAAACUUCCUGUCAGGGUUUGUCAAUGAGAGUUAUAAAAAGGGCAAUAGUAAAGUGAUCUUUCCAAAACUCUCUUAGGGUUAAUUUUGUCAGAGGUCACUUCAAUAGCACGCAUGCGGGUCGUAUUCCAAACGAAGAUCUUAUACCAAGCAAAAUGUUUCUUGCCCAAACAGGACGUAUACCAAGUUAGACUUAUUCCAAAGCGGACAGAUACCGAGGUACCACUGUAUAACAAUUUUAAUAUUUCUUUUGCGGCAUAUUAACAAAAACUAAUCUUAAAUUUUGUGGCUUUAUUUAGAAGAACUCAUAUUUAACUAUGUUCCCUGUAAAUAUUAUAUUUUUGUCUCAUUUUAUAAUAAAGUUAUAGGCGUAACAAAUAAGCAAAAUGAGGAGCAAAAAUUGUGGAGGAAAACCCCAUAGUGAAAAAGUGGUUUUGAGGUCCUUACUACAAAAUUCAUAACUUUUGAACCAUUUGAGCUAGAAAGUUGAUCUUGGUGUUUUUGUAAACCAUUCUCUAGGCUCUAUGCAGCUGUAGUCUAGUGUUUUUUAUACUAUUAAAAAUGUUUUGAAAUUUUCAUUAAAGUCCCUACACUUAUGGCUUAUUUUGGUCCCAACAUUUCUAAACGAUAGUAAAUUUAAGAGUAAGUGUAAUGUAGGUACUUUAGUGUAAAAAUAAAAAAAUAACAAAAUAGUAGAGUAUAAUCGAGCAAACUUUAAAUUAAAAAAAUGAAACCAAAAUAGUAAUUUUUGAGCUAUGAAUUUUCAAAGUAUGAGUUCGUUUGUCAUUUUUUACAAGGGGCUCCAAAUUCCAUGACUUAAUUCUAUUGUUUGCAUCAUUUGCUAUAACUCUCAUUUUAAUGAUAAUUUUAUACGACUUUUAAUUUCAGAAUUAAUGCUGUUUCAAAAGUUCUAAUUUUAAAAAGCAAUUUUAGCAAUGUUAUGCAGUUGUAAAUAAAUUGUAACUUAUCUUAAUUUAUUAUAAUAUAUUAUAUAGCUUUUCUGUUUAUCAAGUCUACAGCGUCCAUUAUACCAGUAUAAAAACUAUAUAAUGCAACUUUGGCAUAUUACUAAUUAAUUAAAGCUUUCCCUGGCUGAUGGUUUAAUAGUUUUUUUACAUGGCAAACUCUUAUGAAGGAAUGCAUCUUCAGUCUGGGACCCAUUUACCCAGAAGAGCAUUGACAGGUUGGAGGUGGUCCAGCAACGGGCAGCACGCUUUGUCCUGAACCGCUUUAGGAAUACCUCUAGUAUUGGCAGCAUGCUGGAAACACUAGGCUGUUCACCAUUGGAGGAACGACGACGACAAUCCAGGUUCUCCAUUAUGUACAAGAUAAAUAAUGGGCUGGUCCACUGUUCCAGUAUUAAACAGAAACUCGUCCCUCUCCCCCAUUGACAGGGACGAGGCCAUGACAGGCAAUUCAGGCUCAUACCAGCAAGAAGCCAGUAUAGGAGCUGCUCAUCCCUGCCCAAGACAAUCAGGGACUGGAACAAGCUUUCAAAAGGAACAGUUUAGGCGACAACACUAGACUCAUUUGUGUCUAUUGCCUCAAGCCUUCAAUCCCCCAGUGCAUGAUUCCCUCACAAAGUGGCACUGGAAAUCAGUGAAAUGUCCUCAUCGACACCAGGCACAGAAACAUUGCAAAUCCCCUCUACAGGCAUAGGGGCCAAAAUUAUCAAUAAAUUGAUUUUGGGCCCUUAAAUAUAAAGAAGAAUAUAGAAGAAGAAUUCUGAGAUAGUACUAUGGUAUAGCCAUUAAUAGCAGAACUUGAAAGAAAAAUAAAGCCGAUGGAGAUGAGAUGUUUCAGAAGCAUUCUUGGCAUCUGCUAUAGAGACCAUAUCUCCAAUGAACAAGUGAAAAAAAGGAUUCGUCAAGCAAUUUGGCAGUAUGAUGACCUCCUGAUAACUGUAAAAAAGCGCAAACUGGAAUGGUAUGGCCACUGGACAAGAAAACAAGGGCUCGCCAAAGAAAUAAUGCAGGGCACAAUGAGAAGAGGGAGAAAAAGAUGGGAAGACAACAUCAAAGAGUGGACGGGACUAAAACUAGAUGCUGUGCGAAGUACAGAAAACAGAGAGGAAUGGAGAAGGAUAGUUUUCAUGUCAUCUGUGGCGCCCCAAUGGUCCAAGGACUAAGGGACAUGAUGAUGAUAGCUACUAUGCAAGUGGCUGUGAAUAGUUGCCCAUGACAACGUUUUGCACACGGAAAAUUGUGAUAAUUUACAAUAUGGACUCUACCGCGUUUUAUAGCUAAAAUUAAAAUAUUCCAGUUUAAAUGCCUUCUAAAUUCAUUCUGAUAUACAUGUAUUCAAAUAUUUUGAUGUAUAAUGGUAAUAAUUGAAUAUUUCCUAAGCUAAGUAUCUGCGUCUUCUGUCAUUAAAAUGGGGGUGUGGUCACUUAGCAAAAUACAUACACCUGACAGCGAUAAUAUAGAUUGGUCUGAAAUAAAAAAGAGGUGGUGUCUCAUGUGAAAGAAGGCUAACUCGAAGUUUAUCGAAUAAUUUGUUGAAAAUUUGAUGCUAAAAAAGACAAUGCAAAAAAAAGAAAGAAAAAAAAAGAUUGUUUUCCAAAAAAUCAAUAAAUGUUUUAUUUAUUUUUAUUAAAAAAUUUUGUUUAUAAGUUUUUAUUAAUAUUGUUGAUUUGUUUUAUUUUUAUUUAUAAAAUGCAUGCAUACAUACAAAUGUAUGUACAAAAUGUAUAAAAAUUUGAAAUGUAAAUAGUGUAUCUAAUAUGAUGUACUCUAAUAAAUGUAAUUUUGGUGAGUAUAUAUAUAUUUUUUGUAUGCAUUGUUUAACACAAAAUUCUUUUCACACAAAGAAAUAUUGCGGCCCACUCAGUUUGCGUGUGAAAUGAUUUCUACUGUAUGUUUAAUAUUUCUUUCAAAUUUUAUAUUGACAGAUGCUUUAUAUUGACAUAAGAUUUUCCAAAAUUUAAGUUGAUCAAUACAACUUGAUGUGGAUGUAGGCCAAGAUGUCUUCUAAAGUGAAAGGGCUGAACUUAAUUAUGGGUCAAAAGGACUCCUGUAUUAUUAAAUUAAACUCACAUGAAAAAUUUAAACUCAGAUUCUAUUGUGUUGCGACGAUUUCUGAUACAAAUUAAGUAGUAGUAUCCCUUGUGUUACCGGCCUACUUCUACUUAUAAUAAAAGAACUGAGUGCAUUAUACAGUACAGAGAACUCUUCUGUGUUUGAGUAAACUGAAAUUCAUUCUCCCCAAACAUGAUAAAUGGCAAGGCACAGAGUAAACAUAGUAUUUUAUGUAAUAUAAUCCUAAUUUACCAUAAAUGACUAAAAGUAGCCUACUCAAACCUAACACUCUUAGCUAAUUUUAAGAUAUGCCUAGUGUCUUAAAUUAUGAUUAGGCUCUCAAUAUUGGCCAUUCCAUGGUUUAAGCCAAUUUUUCUUAAUUUUUUUGUGUGGACGUUGCAAUAAUUGUAAAAUAUAAGCUAUUGACUGGCAAGGCCUAUAUAUUUUAUUUUAUCAUAAAAAAUAAUUAAUUUACAAUGAUGCAAUCAUUUUAAGUUUAACAUUGGUUUAAUUUUAUUAAAUUUUUUUUUUUUUUUUUUUAAUUUAAUCAAAAAUUCAAAUACUAACUGUUUAUAUUUAUUUUCUUUUCCCAUUUUUAAGAAUAUUUUUUAUGUUUCUUUAUUAAUUUACAAUGAUGCAAUCAUUUUAAGUUUAACAUUGGUUUAAUUUUAUUAAAUUUUUUUUUUUUUUUUUUAAUUUAAUCAAAAAUUCAAAUACUAACUGGUUAUAUUUAUCUUCUUUUCCCAUUUCUAAGAAUAUUUUUUAUGUUUCCUUAAGGUUGUCAGAGCGUAAUGUUAUUGAAAUCGUAUCAAAACUUGUAGAGCUCCAUUUGAUCGACAUUUUGUACACCUCAGAUGGGAAAACGUACUUGACACACCAACAGCUGGUGACAGAGAUCAGAGAUGAGCUGACAGUUCACAGAGGUAAUUUCCUGACACCCAGUUUCCCAUUUUGCUUCUUGUCACAGUUAAACUAGUUUGUAUUGGAGAUGUUGAAAACUGGAUUUAAAUAGUUGUCAGCCUUCACAAAGCACAAUAGAAUAUAACAUUUUUUAUUUUACCAUUUUAAUUAAAAUAUUAUAUCUAUGUUAUAUUUCAUAAAAAAUUGCUUUUGGAAUGUUCCCUAUAAAUUAUUUUCUGUUAUGCCUCUUGAAAUUAGACAAAUAUUUUAUUACAUUCACCAAAACUACCUGCUCAAUGAGUUAAACUUGUUAUGUUUUGACAAAGGCACAAAAUCUGAUAGAUCAUUUUAUUAUUUUUUAAAAUAAACCAUCAUGAUCAGAAACAGACAUUAUUAGUAAAACUAAGACUAAGUAACAAUAUUUUUUAUUUUAAAAACAAAGAGUAUAACUGCAAACGAGGUUAAUCAAAUUUUAAAUAAAAUAAAGCAGGCACUCGCAAAAAAAGCAUUUUUGUGAUCAAAGCCUUUUUCUGCAGACAAAACAAAUAUAGUAUAACCAAUCAUAUGAGUGAAUUCAUGUGACAUGAUGUGUACUAGUAAUAAAAGAAAUAAUGAAAUAUUUUAAAAAAUGGGCCUAAAGUGCCAGCUUACAUGUUAUAUUAAAAUAUUAAAGUAAAAUAUUUCCAAUCCUCAAAGGCCGAAUUAAUUUAGUGGACUUGCAACAACUUCUCAAUGUGGACUUGAGUCAUAUAGAGACUAAAGUAAAUGACAUGGUCAAGCAUGACAGUCAUCUGAGUCUUGUUCUGGGACAGUUAAUAGACACAUCCUACCGCCAACGUCUGGCAGAUGAGAUCAAUGACCUACUGCAAGAGAAAGGUCAUAUCACCAUCAUUGAGCUCACUAAAGCCUAUGACCUUCCGGCUGACUUUUUUAGAGAGGUAAUUUAGCAAUGCUAACAAAAGGAAAUAAUUAAUUUCAUUUACAGUCUCUAGAGCAUUAGUGCACAACCUGCAUCUCACAAAAGGGACACGAGGGCUUACAUAAUAGGUCUCAGCUAUAAAAGGUUGCGCACUACUUCUUUUACGAGGCAAUUAACAAUGCUGUCUAUCAAAAGUAAAUUAUUUUUAUCUUUAAUUUUCUUUUAUUUUGUGAUUUUCAAAAAUAUAAUUGCAGGUAAUUGACUUUUAUCUUGACAAACGUAUCAAAGGUCAAAUAGAUAAUUAUGACAGUGAUGUGGUCUUCACUGGUGCAUUUGUCAACCGUAUGAAAUCUCAGAUCAGAGGUGCAUUCUCUGCUGUCACCAUGUGAGUAAAUCUAACGUUUUGAUAAAUGUGUGAUUGUCUUUCUUACAUAGUUUUUAAAAAUUGUAUUAAUGUAUGCAGAAUUGAUGUAAUUUCCCCCUCAUUUCCAGCCCUACAGCAGUAGGUCCAGUGAGGCAAGCCGUAGGUUGCCAGGAACAUUUGUUUCACAGUAAGUUCUUUUCAAUGACAUUUGAACAGCCUUACUGCUUGAGGGAUAAAAAAAUUGUUAGUUUAGAAGUUGUAUCCCCUUUAGCCCACACAUCGUACAACAUAAUUUAAAAGUUUAACCCUGUAGUUAUGUAGUUGUAUCCCUUUUGUCAGUCAUUCGUUUUCCAUUAGUGAAGCAGAUUUUCUUAACCAGGGGUACCUGCACCCCCAGGAGUUGCAGGAGGCAGUAUCAAGGGGUGUGGGAAGACACAGAAAAUCAUGUUUAUUUGCAUUUUUUAUUAUGGAGAUGCAAGAAUUACGUUUUGAAAACAAGAAAGGGUGUGUCGCUUCAAAAAUGUAAGAACCCCCUGACUUAGUGAAUUUCCUGGAUAGCUAUUGGUUAUUCCUGUACAUAAAAGUAAUGAAUUGAGGAGUUUAAUUUUACAAGAUAUUUCUUCUUUUUGUUUCAAUUAGGUAGUAUCUAUAAUAAUAAUUAUAACGUGGAUCUUGUUCGUCCUGCAGGGACGUAACUAAUAAAAAUCAGGUGAAACGCCAGUGUCAUGAUUAUUUUGUCCGUUUGAAAAGAUAACUGGGAUUUUCCAUAUGAAUUAUUUUCCCAAUAAUUUAAGUCCUUUCUGAAGUAUCUUCUCAAUCAUGAUUUGAACACAAAGCAGUUUAAAAAGGAAAUAGGAUGAUGACCAAAAGGGCAUGAUAAAUGCUGGAUAUAUGAAGCGCCAUCUGGAUUUAUUAUAAUAGAAUAUGCACCUCUUCCUGUUGCGUUGCCCCAGCUAGUUUAAAAGAAAAGCUCAAAACUUAAUUUCUUAAAAUUCAUAAAUUUUUUAAACAAGAGUCUGUAAGUAAUGAUCUUAGUUUGUCUUUACAAUUCUAGCCAUCUUAGAGGAGCUGAUGUCCAAUGGUAGACUGGCCGGUUGUCUAUCUGGAAGCAGACACGACAAGUCUCAAUUCUUGCCUGACAUUUUCACCAGGACUCAAAAUGAAUGGGUAGAUUCAUUUUACAGGCAAAAUGGAUACCUGGGUGAGCUUACAUACCUAAACUGACAUUCCAUAAUGAAAAUAUGACAAGGUUGAUUCUUAAAAAUGAAAUAUUUGGUUUGAAAUUGUCACUAUGAUUAGUUUUUCUGUGCUCAAAAUCAUUGACCCUUGCCAUCUAUGUAUAUUUAAUAGUAAAACUGAUAUUCUAAACUAAUUAGUCCUGUGAGUUUUGUGACACUUUCUCAUCCAGAAUAUGAUGCCCUGGUCAGGCUUGGCAUCUCUGAUCCCAAGGGCUACAUCAAGAAGAAGUUCAAGAAUGAGACCCUGACCUUUCUUAGUUCCUGCUGUGUUGGUGCAGGCAUCUCAGACCAGGUCCAGUACUCAGUGGAUGAGGCUCUUAAUCUUGGAGUGUGGCUUGAUGUAAUGGUAGGUAAAUGUGGGAAAAUGGCUGGAUGUAGUGGUAGGUUAAAUGUGGGUUAGUGUUUGGAUAUAAUGGCAGGUUAAUAUGGUAAGAUGGCUGGGUGGAAUGAUAAGUUAAAUGUGGGGUGUGGCUGGAUGUGGUGAUAGAAGACCUUUGUAUGGGAUUUGGUCAUGGGGGUUUCAUUGCUUUGUGCCUUAUAGAUGGCAUUCAAAUUUAUUUAAAAUAUGAGAAAGGAGAUCUUGAAAAAUACAUAUUACACAAAAUAUUAAUUUUUUGUUUACAUCAGUUUGUUUUUAAAUUUCAUUUCCAAUAGUUGUUCCAUUUGGCCCAAAUGUAUUCAUGUUGCCUUCCACCAGAGUGUUCUCCCCUCUGUAUUGAGUCAAAAAGAUGCAGCUGAUCUUCUCUCCACAUGCCUCAAAGGUCGACCUAAUGCCAUUCUUUGUGAGUCCACAAUAGUGGCUAGUGACAAGUUAGUGACAGAGAGCUCAUCAGUAUUUGCUAACAUCAUGACAGAGAAAGCUGAAAAGGUAAUUUGGGGAGGGGGGGUGGAGCACCUGAUAAACUAGCCAUUUGGAUCAAUAAAGAAUCUUAUCAUGUGAACCAUAGAACCUAUAGUAAGUGUAACCAUGUAACCCAUGAUCAGUGUAAAUAUUGCUAUAUUCCUCUCUUACCUCAUAUCAGACAUGUUUAUAGAAAUCUUGGUCAUACUUUUCAAGGCAGCUAAGUCACAUCCAGUGGUCCAGUCAACAGAAACAACUGAGAAAGUGACCAUUGUCAAAGUAUCGGGGGUGGAUGAUGGCAGCUCAGCCAGGGAGGACAAGAAGGAACAGAGAAGGAAAAAAGCAGCUAGUGAGUACACAUAAACUUUGACCUAGAUAAGGUGGUUGUCUUAUUUGACCUAGAUAUGUUGGUUGUCUCAGUUGACCAAAAUAAGCUGGUUGUCUUAGUUGACCUAGGUAAUUGGGUUGUCUUAUUUGACCUAGAUAAGUUGGUUGUGUUAUUUGACCUAGAUAAGUUGGUCUUCUUAUCUGACAAACUUCUUACAACUGCUAGCAUGCUCAAACACAUAUCUUAAACUGUAGUAUUUUAUUUUCUACCUUUCUGGGUUUUUUUAAUAUCUAUGACAGAAUCAUAACAAAAAACAUACACAUUCUGUUUCGACUUUAUCAUAAAAGAAAGUUUUAAAUUUUAGCCUGAAGCUCAGAAUCAAUAUUAUGUCUAAAUGCAUAAUUAACUCUUGGAAGCCAAACGACUAUAUUAAAUUGUUGUUUAAGGUAAUAUAUAAUAGUAUCCAUUUAAUUAUAUUAUUUUUGUAGCUGCUGGAUCAAGCAAGAAAGAAGGCACGGGUGGUAGAGAAGUCAAAAUGAAAUCGACCAAAAAGAAGGGCAGAGGUCGUGAUGUUGAUGAAGGUUCCGAUGAAGAUGUUUCAGCACUGAGCUCUGUGAAAGGGAAACAGCAGAAUGAUGGUCAGCAAGAGCUCAGAUUUUUGAGUGUACGAGAGAUUGAGGAGGUCAGUUUUUUUAAAUCUCAUUUGUAUUUUUAUAAACACUCAUUAUGACAAAAAAAGUGCACAUAUUUGCAAUGGCAAUUGUUAAUGGAAAGAUGACAACUGGAGACAUGUGCUUGUAAAUAACAUUUAACCUUUUCAAUCAGCAACGCAUGAGUAAAAUGUAAUGUUGAUGGUUUAUAUUUUAUUUAAGUGUAGAUGUUGUGUACGUAAUUUAAGUUUAAAUAAAUAUUAUUUGUAAUACGAUAUGUUCUGUUACUGUCAUUCAUUUAAUGAACUUUGUAUUUUUCCUCAGGUAUUGAAAAAACAACCAAAUUUCAAGGACUGUCCCAGUGAACUGAUAACUGAAAUAGCCACCAAAUUACUCAGGCAUGUUAAAUAAUGUAUUAGUUAACUGAAAAAACCCCACAAAUUACAUUACAAAGGCAAGUAAAAUAAUGUCUUAUUUAACUGAAAUAGCCACUACUUUACACAGGCAUGUUAAAUAAUGACCUAGUGAACUAAAACAGACAGCAAAUUAUACGGGCAUGUUAAAUAAUGUCUAAUAUUAGCAAACUUAAUAAUAUUACCUAUAUUUAUUGUAUGGUAUUAAUUUUAAAAUUCAAAUUGAACAAAAUUUACCUUAUUUUAUUAUUUAUACUAUAAGUGUCUACAUUUUAUUUCAUCAGCCAAUGAAAUACAAGUAAAAAUGUGUAUGAUGUUACUAAAUGAUAGAUAUAUUGACAUUUAAAAUUUUUGCAAGCACCUGGCUGCCCGCUUGCACAAAAUGGCACUGGUCAAUAUCAUUUCUUACCUAACCAGGUAAAAAAAUGGAAGUCACCAGUUAAUUUUUAUUGCUUUGUUAACACCCAACAUGUUACACCAUGCAUACUAGGCCACUGGCAAGGCAGUAUCAAGAGGUUGCCAAGUCUAUAUUCCUCAAGUCAUCAGGCACAGACAGGAAGAAGACAGCAGCGGAAGUGCAGGACAAGAUGAAUGGCUUGUGGGUCAAUGCUCGGCUCUUUGAGAAAAGUAUCAAGUUGUUUGAAGGUUUGGCCAAUCACUAGUGUCGUAUUAGAAGUGUUAUCAUAUUACAAGUUUUGUCAUAUAAAAAGUGUUGUCAUAUUUAUUGAUAUGUGCAACACUCAAAUGGAGACAUACAUAGUCAACUUAAUCAAAUGAAAAUUAUGCUUAUAAUUUCUGUAUUUUAUUUAUUUAAUGCCCCAUUUUUAGUCCAGCCACCUUUCUUUUAUUGACUUCAUUCACCUGAUGUAGUACAUCCAUCUUUCUGUUAUUGACUUCAUUUCACCUGAUGUAGUACAGGUGUCUAAAUUAAAGCAAUUGAUAGAUAAUAGUUUUUUUUAUUAUAAUAAAAAAUUGUAAAAUCUUUUUAAAAAAUUAGUAAAAGUUUUUGUCCAUAAUGUAAAAUAUAAUGUAUAAGUGUAUAAAUAAAAUAAAAUUGCAAUAAUUGGUUAUUUUUACUUUUUAAUAACAUAAAUAAUUGGCAAUUACUUUUUGUGAUAGGUUGCUGCAAACAAAGUGGACAUAAUAUAUAUGCGCCCCCCCCCCCCAAUAGCUUUACAUUUGUCAAUGUGUGGCCCUGGCUUAGCAUAACAAACAUUCCUUCAAUGUCUGGACAUUUUAGUCGGCCAUACUGAAUGUCUGGACAUUUUAGUCGGCCAUACUGAUAAAAAUGCAUAAGCUACGCUUUCGAUCAACACCAAAUAUGUCUAAGUAGUGAAGCAAUUUUAUUAUAAAAGCCAAGGGCACCCAAUGGUCUAUUUUGCAUAAAUUUUGCCCCCCACCCAAGUCAAAAUUUUCUCUUACAAAACUACUUUAAAAUACAUUUUUAACAACUUUAAAUUAAUUUUUAAUUCAGGUGGCAAAACUAUUCAUUAGAUGUUUAUCUAUUAAAACUCACGAUAAUCUCUCUCCCCCAUCAGUUUUCAAUGUACACAGAACAUAUACCUGAACGAGUUUUGAAAUAUCUUAAUCUUUCAGCUUGGGUUUUGGUCGAAAGUCUUGUUACGCUUUUGGUUUUGGCUUCAAGUUUCAUUAAGGUUUUGGUGUCUGCUUCGGUUUUGGCCAAAAGUCAUUUUUAACUUUCAGUCUAGUUACGGUUUUGUCUGAAAUCAAAAAAUCACUUUCAGUUGGUCUCUAGGAGGCUGAGAUACCACUACUUUCAUACGCCCCCUUCAUGUGACAAUAGCGGCAGGGAAUCAUCAUUCAUGGCCUUUCUACUCUCCCAAAAUCUGUAGACCUGUUACGAGUAUUUUUUACCAUGGCGUAACGAUCACGGUCAUCCUGUAACAGCAUCCAUCUUUCAUUUCACUUGAUGUAGUCCAACCAUCUUUUAUUUCACCUCAUUUCAGAACUGCUGAUUACUUAUUAUUAUUGUCCACUUGUCCUUAGAACCAGUCCACACGAACCUUGUCAAACAUCUGCUGAAGACAGUUUGUUCUGAACUAGCUAACACUGUGGUCCUAGCCCUGGCCAGUGAUAAUAUGGUCAAUGUGUCUGCUACUGCAGACGAACACUUAACUCCUGAGGUGAGAUGACCCAAAGUAACUCUUAGAUACUAAGUGCAUAUUGUCUCUGUUUUCUUAGAGAAGGGGUCACCAAACUAUGGCCAGCGGGCCAGAUACGGCCCACAAGGCCAGUUCAUCCGGCCCACCGACGGUACUUGAACUUGCUUGAUAAAACGUAUGGAUCACGAGACGGUGUAAUGCAAUUUAAAUUUCAAUAAUAUUAUAUUUAGAAUACUAGGAGAUAUUCACAUGUUCGGAGACCUCCUGGCUGCUAUGCGCCUUAUUUUACCAUUUUCAAUUUUCAAUUAUUGAUCUAGAUUUUCUUGUUUAUUGCAGACCUGUUUACCCUCGAACUCCUAAAAUCGUACAAUAUCGUCUCAGAAAUCGUACAAUAUGAUACAUUAAUUGUAAAUAAAUAAAAUACAGUGUGUAAAAUGAAUACAAUAAUUACUCGCAUCGCAGUGCCUAGUGAGAUCGUGUUAAGCUGGUGUGAAAAAAGUUAACUACUAAAAGUAGAUGAGCUGAUGUUUAUAAUACAAUCUGCGCUCACUUUGUUUUGCGGAUGUGUAUUUGCUAUUGAUAUCAAUUGAUAUUUAGUGGAUGUACAGAUCACAUUAUUACAGUCUAAAAAAUUAUAAAAGAAGAAUCAAUUUUCUCUAAGCCUAUUCCUGCUAAUAUAUUAUAGUCUGUAAAUUGUAAAUGUGUGAAAGAAAGAGGCGUGUUGGAAACAAACGGGGACAUUAAACAUUGUAGUCGCCGCGGUUGGAACUAACAGCCUUCCGGCAAGUUCAGUUGUGCUGAGAGCAAAAGAACUUGGAGAGAAUAUAGUGAUACAGAUAUGUAAGAAAGUUAGGAAAUUGUUGUUGGAUUCUCUGGCACUGGAUAAGUCUACUGAUCUCUUACAACUUCUCGUGUUUAUUUGUGGUGUCAAUUUGGACUUUCAAAUAACAGAAAAGUUGACUGUUUGCAGCGUACAUGGAACAACUUAGGUCUGUGAACAAACAUUUUCAAAAAUAAAGUAUGUGAAGUCAACACAAAACAAUUCUUUUGAUUGGAUGCAGCAAUUCUAAACUAAACAUUGAUGAUAUCUUGAAAGCGUCAGUUUCAAAAAUCUCUUUAACUCUUUUUUACUGCUUAGUUUGUGAGAUUCGAUAAUGUGUGCACUAGGUCUGAUGUAACUAUCUUUUUGCUAAUGUCACCUUCUUUGCUAACUUUUUUGUAAAUAAAUAUGUUGGUUGUCUUUGCUUUUUGGCAUUGCACGACCCUCAUCAAUAUUAAAAUGGAAUACUAAACUUAGUUUUUCAUCUUUUUUCCCAAAGCUUUCGUUCUGGCUUGCAAGUGUUGUAGAGAAUAAUUAUACGGCCCGCACUAGUCAUUUUUUUCUGUUAUCCAGCCCGUCAUGAAAAAAGUUUGGUGACGCCUGUCUUAGAGAAACAGAAAAAUAAAGUCAGUAGUUCGUCAUAACUCUACUACUUAAAGAUUUUUAAAGCAAUCAAUAAAUCUAUCAAUCAGCCAUCAUAAAGUUGUCCCAUUUAUUUCCCAGACUCGAUUGCGUCUAAUCAGCACAUUCCCAAAAGAAACCCAAGAGCCACUGAUGAAACUCCACACAUCCCUCAAUGGAAGCAAUCUCGAUGACUUCUUCCAUCACCUGGAGCUGCUCUGUGGACCACAACAUCUUGGUAUUCUUUUGAAAAAACCUGACAAAAGAAAAGAAAGGUGAUUUGAAUUGUUCUUGGUGGACUGGGGAAACAUUGUAAUAAGAUGCAGCUGGGACUCUUGUCAUUUAGACAUUUGGUAUUCCUGAGACUCUUGUCAUUUAGAUACAUGGUUUGUCUGGGAGUCUUGUCAUUUAGACAUAUGGUUGGUCUGGGACUCUUGUCAUUUAGACAUAUGUCUGGAAUGUUUGUCAUUUAGACUUGUAGAUGUAUGAAACUAUUGUUUAUAAAACAGAAGGUAAAAACUGGCUAUUAAGGUUUAGUUGUAAGGCUUCCCAACUCGCGAUAAAGAGGUACAUAGUUUGUUCUCAGCUAUGGGGAAAUAGUUGUGGCAACUUUGCAUGGCAAGGAGGAUACUGUUGAGUAAAAAAACACCAACUUGAUUGCAGCUGAACAGGGUGAAACUAGCUUGCUGAAUUCAGAAAUCAAAAGAAGAUUUAUAUAUAUUUGAUUUUUGAUCCCUAUUUGGCUAACUUCAACUGACUCCAGAAAGCUCCAUUUAGCCUGUUAUCCCACAGGUUGAAGAUAGAGGUUUUUCUUGGUUCAUCCUCAAAGAAAUUUACGUUACUUAGCUAAUCAUUCCAUUAUACCUGUGUAUUUGCCCAUUGCUAGGGAUGACCCUGGCCUAUUUGUACCUGAUUUCUCUUGGUUGUGGACAGGUAACACUAUCCAUUGGACAGCCAGCCAAUAUAAUAUAACUCUGUCUCCUCUGAAAUUAUAAUUGAAAUGUUUGCCAGCGGAUCAUAGCCUCAGUGGAUAUUUUCCUGAAUAUAUCCCCCACUUUUUAUCAGUAUUGUGUUGUCUCUGACUGGCAUCUUGUGUUGAACCAUCACCAGACCUUGCUAGCAGAUCAUAGCCCUAUUGUAUAUUUCAAGAAUCUUCCAUUAGCCAACAAGUUAACCUUAAUAACAGCAUAGCAAUAUCCCCCAACUUGUUAUCAGUAUUGUAUUUUCUCUGACAGGCAACUUGUGUUCAACCAUCGCCAGACCUUAAGCGAGCAGCUCAAAACAGAGACUGACCCUGCCAUGGCCCUUCACCUUGCUGUGGUGCUGUUGUUUCAAACCAUAACACAGUGUAUGCUGCACGUCCCUGGCCGAAUGGUACCAAGCGUGUUGCAGUAUCUGAGCGCGCAUGUUGAGGCCGAAAAGUUUGCAGUGUUAUCACAGACACAAGGUGAUGGUCAUUAUGGGUUUAUAAGUCAUGCAAAAUUUUGGCAGAUAGGAUUAAAUAAACUAGAAUUAAUAUUUUUUGCGUUACUGCAGUAAUCUUUCUUUAAACUCAUAGAAUUUGUAAAUCACAGCAUAAGUGCGUUGUGUGGUUCCCACAAUCAUUGCAGUAUGAGCUUUUAAAAUCCACACAAUGUUUGAGGGGUUAUUUUAACUAUUGCUUUUUCCAUAUUAAAUAUUGUGCUUUUAGCAGUUGUGUGAUGUAUAGAAAAUUAAUUUAGCUUGCUCUAAUACUUAAUCUCUUUAUUCUUUGGUCUAAUAGUUGAUCUCUUUAUUCUUUGGUCUAAUAGUUGAUCUCUUUAUUCUCUGGUCUAAUAGUUGAUCUCUUUAUUCUUUGGUCUAAUAGUUGAUCUCUUUAUUCUUUGGUCUAAUAGUUGAUCUCUUUAUUCUUUGGUCUAAUAGUUGAUCUCUUUAUUCUUUGGUCUAAUAGUUGAUCUCUUUAUUCUUUGAUCUAAUAGUUGAUCUCUUUAUUCUUUGAUCUAAUAGUUGAUCUCUUUAUUCUUUGGUCUAAUAGUUGAUCUCUUUAUUCUUUGGUCUAAUAGUUGAUCUCUUUAUUCUUUGGUCUAAUAGUUGAUCUCUUUAUUCUUUGGUCUAAUAGUUGAUCUCUUUAUUCUUUGAUCUAAUAGUUGAUCUCUUUAUUCUUUGGUCUAAUAGUUGAUCUCUUUAUUCUUUGGUCUAAUAGUUGAUCUCUUUAUUCUUUGGUCUAAUAGUUGAUCUCUUUAUUCUUUGGUCUAAUAGUUGAUCUCUUUAUUCUUUGGUCUAAUAGUUGAUCUAAUAGUUGAUCUCUUUAUUCUUUGGUCUAAUAGUUGAUCUAAUAGUUGAUCUCUUUAUUCUUUGGUCUAAUAGUUGAUCUAAUAGUUGAUCUCUUUAUUCUUUGGUCUAAUAGUUGAUCUAAAAGUUGAUCUCUUUAUUCUUUGGUCGAAUAGUUGAUCUCUUUAUUCUUUGGUCUAAUAGUUGAUCUAAUAGUUGAUCUCUUUAUUCUUUGGUCUAAUAGUUGAUCUCUUUAUUCUUUGGUCUAAUAGUUGAUCUCUUUAUUCUUUGGUCUAAUAGUUGAUCUCUUUAUUCUUUGGUCUAAUAGUUGAUCUCUUUAUUCUUUGGUCUAAUACUUGAUCUCUUUAUUCUUUGGUCUAAUAGUUGAUCUCUUUAUUCUUUGGUCUAAUAGUUUAUCUCUUUAGUCUUUGGUCUAAUAGUUGAUCUCUUUAUUCUUUGGUCUAAUAGUUGAUCUCUUUAUUCUUUGGUCUAAUAGUUGAUCUCUUUAUUCUUUUUUUCUAAUAGUUGAUCUCUUUAUUCUUUGGUCUAAUAGUUGAUCUCUUUAUUCUCUGGUCUAAUAGUUGAUCUCUUUAUUCUUUGGUCUAAUAGUUGAUCUCUUUAUUCUUUGGUCUAAUAGUUGAUCUCUUUAUUCUUUGGUCUAAUAGUUGAUCUCUUUAUUCUUUGGUCUUAUAGUUGAUCUCUUUAUUCUUUGGUCUAAUAGUUGAUUUCUUUAUUCUUUGGUCUAAUAGUUGAUCUCUUUAUUCUCUGGUCUAAUAGUUGAUCUAAUAGUUGAUCUCUUUAUUCUUUGGUCUAAUAGUUGAUCUAAUAGUUGAUCUCUUUAUUCUUUGGUCGAAUAGUUGAUCUCUUUAUUCUUUGGUCUAAUAGUUGAUCUCUUUAUUCUUUGGUCUAAUAGUUGAUCUAAUAGUUGAUCUCUUUAUUCUCUGGUCUAAUAGUUGAUCUAAUAGUUGAUCUCUUUAUUCUUUGGUCUAAUAGUUGAUCUAAUAGUUGAUCUCUUCAUUCUUUGGUCUAAUAGUUGAUCUCUUUAUUCUUUUUUCUAAUAGUUGAUCUCUUUAUUCUUUGGUCUAAUAGUUGAUCUCUUUAUUCUUUGGUCUAAUAGUUGAUCUCUUUAUUCUUUGGUCAAUAGUUGAUCUCUUUAUUCUUUGGUCUAAUAGUUGAUCUCUUUAUUCUUUGGUCUAAUAGUUGAUCUCUUUAUUCUUUGGUCUAAUAGUUGAUCUCUUUAUUCUUUGGUCUAAUAGUUGAUCUCUUUAUUCUUUGGUCUAAUAGUUGAUCUCUUUAUUCUUUGGUCUAAUAGUUGAUCUCUUUAUUCUUUGGUCUAAUAGUUGAUCUCUUUAUUCUUUGGUCUAAUAGUUGAUCUCUUUAUUCUUUGGUCUAAUAGUUGAUCUCUUUAUUCUUUGGUCUAAUAGUUGAUCUCUUUAUUCUUUGGUCUAAUAGUUGAUCUCUUUAUUCUUUGGUCUAAUAGUUGAUCUCUUUAUUCUUUGGUCUAAUAGUUGAUCUCUUUAUUCUUUGGUCUAAUAGUUGAUCUCUUUAUUCUUUGGUCUAAUAGUUGAUCUCUUUAUUCUUUGGUCUAAUAGUUGAUCUCUUUAUUCUUUGGUCUAAUAGUUGAUCUCUUUAUUCUUUGGUCUAAUAGUUGAUCUCUUUAUUCUUUGGUCUAAUAGUUGAUCUCUUUAUUCUUUGGUCUAAUAGUUGAUCUCUUUAUUCUUUGGUCUAAUAGUUGAUCUCUUUAUUCUUUGGUCUAAUAGUUGAUCUCUUUAUUCUUUGGUCUAAUAGUUGAUCUCUUUAUUCUUUGGUCUAAUAGUUGAUCUCUUUAUUCUUUGGUCUAAUAGUUGAUCUCUUUAUUCUUUGGUCUAAUAGUUGAUCUCUUUAUUCUUUGGUCUAAUAGUUGAUCUCUUUAUUCUUUGGUCUAAUAGUUGAUCUCUUUAUUCUUUGGUCUAAUAGUUGAUCUCUUUAUUCUUUGGUCUAAUAGUUGAUCUCUUUAUUCUUUGGUCUAAUAGUUGAUCUCUUUAUUCUUUGGUCUAAUAGUUGAUCUCUUUAUUCUUUGGUCUAAUAGUUGAUCUCUUUAUUCUUUGGUCUAAUAGUUGAUCUCUUUAUUCUUUGGUCUAAUAGUUGAUCUCUUUAUUCUUUGGUCUAAUAGUUGAUCUCUUUAUUCUUUGGUCUAAUAGUUGAUCUCUUUAUUCUUUGGUGUAAUAGUUGAUCUAAUAGUUGAUCUCUUUAUUCUCUGGUCUAAUGGUUGAUCUAAUAGUUGAUCUCUUUAUUCUUUGGUCUAAUAGUUGAUCUAAUCUCUUUAUUCUUUGGUCGAAUAGUUGAUCUCUUUAUUCUUUGGUCUAAUAGUUGAUCUCUUUAUUCUUUGGUCUAAUAGUUGAUCUAAUAGUUGAUCUCUUUAUUCUCUGGUCUAAUAGUUGAUCUCUUUAUUCUUUGGUCUAAUAGAUGAUCUCAUAGUUGAUCUCUUUAUUCUCUGGUCUUAUAGUUGAUCUAAUACUUGAUCUCUUUAUUCUUUGGUCUAAUAGUUGAUCUAAUAGUUGAUCUCUUUAUUCUUUGGUCGAAUAGUUGAUCUCUUUAUUCUUUGGUCUAAUAGUUGAUCUCUUUAUUCUUUGGUCUAAUAGUUGAUCUAAUAGUUGAUCUCUUUAUUCUCUGGUCUAAUAGUUGAUCUAAUAGUUGAUCUCUUUAUUCUUUGGUCUAAUAGUUGAUCUAAUAGUUGAUCUCUUUAUUCUUUGGUCUAAUAGUUGAUCUCUUUAUUCUUUGGUGUUAUAGUUGAUCUCUUUAUUCUUUGGUGUUAUAGUUGAUCUCUUUAUUCUUUGGUCUAAUAGUUGAUCUCUUUAUUCUUUGGUCUAAUAGUUGAUCUCUUUAUUCUUUGGUCUAAUAGUUGAUCUCUUUAUUCUUUGGUCUAAUAGUUGAUCUCUUUAUUCUUUGGUCUAAUACUUGAUCUCUUUAUUCUUUGGUCUAAUAGUUGAUCUCUUUAUUCUUUGGUCUAAUAGUUGAUCUCUUUAUUCUUUGGUCUAUAGUUGAUCUCUUUAUUCUUUGGUCUAAUAGUUGAUCUCUUUAUUCUUUGGUCUAAUAGUUGAUCUCUUUAUUCUCUGGUCUAAUAGUUGAUCUCUUUAUUCUUUGGUCUAAUAGUUGAUCUCUUUAUUCUUUGGUCUAAUAGUUGAUCUCUUUAUUCUUUGGUCUAAUAGUUGAUCUCUUUAUUCUUUGGUCUAAUAGUUGAUCUCUUUAUUCUUUGGUCUAAUAGUUGAUCUCUUUAUUCUUUGGUCUAAUAGUUGAUCUCUUUAUUCUUUGGUCUAAUAGUUGAUCUCUUUAUUCUUUGGUCUAAUAGUUGAUCUCUUUAUUCUUUGGUGUUAUAGUUGAUCUUUUUAUUCUUUGGUCUAAUAGUUGAUCUCUUUAUUCUCUGGUCUAAUAGUUGAUCUCUUUAAUCUUUGGUCUAAUAGUUGAUCUCUUUAUUCUUUGGUCUAAUAGUUGAUCUCUUUAUUCUUUGGUCUAAUAGUUGAUCUCUUUAUUCUUUGGUCUAAUAGUUGAUCUCUUUAUUCUUUGGUCUAUUAGUUGAUUUCUUUAUUCUUUGGUCUAAUAGUUGAUCUCUUUAACUUUAUUCUCUUGCAACCUAUUUUUAAUUUUGAGCUAACCAAAUAUUGCAACUCAAAUUUACCCCUUAAACACAUUGAAAGAACUAACUCUUAAUUUCCCUAGAGCUAAUUAUCAAACAAGUCAAAUUGAAGUUUGAGCCCAACAAUGAACAGGAUGCUGCUCUGACUAAAGAACUGGUUGACUUACUCGCCCUUGUUAAGGAAAUUGGACUCAACACAAAGAAAACAGCAGCUGGCAAUGAUGACUGAGAAAUGUGACCAUGUGUUAUCAACCAAUCUUAGACCAUUAAGCAUUUAACUCAAAGUUUUCAGCGUGUAUUCACCCUCUAACUAUUGAUAUGUUUUCAAAUGGUGAACAUGUCAUUUUGUUCUCUCUUUUGUUUUAUCUAUUUUUCCCUCCAAAUCAUUUCCCCCUUUUAAAAAAUAAAAUAGCUCAUUUAAAGCUCAUUGAAAAGAUGAAUUGUGAAAAUUAAUUCACUAAUAAGUAUCACAUUGACCUCUCUCAGGCAGUGGCGUAGCGAGGCAGGUGCGGGGGUUGCGGACCGCAACGGGUGACACCAUUUUAGGUGUGACACCCGAUUGAAAAAUUGCAUAUUUACAGGGCACACAUUGCUAGCAAAAAUCGAGAUUCAUAAAAGAAUAACCGAUCACUCAUAUAUUUUUCACAAAUGUAACCAAUCCAAAUGCAUGCUUUAUUAAAAGUUCAAGGUUGAUGCUAUACUGAGGACUUAUUUUAACAAGAAAAAAUCGAUCAUAGAAGUUGGGGGGGGGGGGGGGGAGGGGGUGACACCAUGAGUUUACCGCACCGGGUGACACCAACCCUAGCUACGCCACUGCUCUCAGGUACCACUAUCAGGUUCUGAAUUAUGUUAAAGGAAAUAUAUGUAUACAUUUAUAAACUUUUGGAGAUUAUUUGUUUCCUUUAUAAAAAUGUCUGUGAUUGUAAAUGUUGUGGUGGGCUCUAGUUAAAUAAAUUUGAUUAAUUUUAUUUUUAACUAUUUUUGUCUUGGCAUUUUAUAUUUUGUUGUUUUAAAAAAUAAUUUGAGCUGGUGAAAUUUUUUUAUCAUAAAGCUAAAUACCAAGUAUUAUUAAAAUAGGUAAAAGAAAUAUUUGAGUUGUAUUGGAAUUGAUUUUAUGGUCUUGGAUGGUGUAUAAUUUAUGAAAUUACAAAAAUUUCUCUUUUGGAUCUGUUUAAAAAAAAAAGAAUGGUUUGAGACUGUUCUAAAAUGGAAUGGUCAGGGCCACCCACCUACAGACAAAUGCUAACACCCUUGAUCUAUUAUAAGAUGCUUUGUAAUCUGUCCUUAAUAGGUGGCACAGUUAGGCAGAUGGCCUCUAUACUACACCCAAUCAAAGGCAUUGAUAAUGGGUGUUGAUAAUAAAACCUUUAAAUUUAAUGACUUAUAUUUAUAGAGAUAUAUGUUUAAAAAAAACUCUACUCAACUAUUUACACUGCAAAUGACAUCCUGUGUUUCAUUUUUUCAUUACAGUUUGAAACAAAAAAUAAGUAGGAGACUGACAAUGCCUUUUAUUUUCUCCAGGACUUGCUAUUAUUAUAACCAGUGAAAAAGGUGCUUGAAACUUAAAUUUUGUUCAUUAUAAAAUCUUUAAAUAUGUAUUGGACAUUUGUUGACAGAAACAGAGAAAAUAGAUCAAUAAAUAAAUAUUAUUAAAGUGA